AUCGUUCAACAACAUUGGCGCAUGGCCGGCUUAUUUUUCUCAUUUUUUUUUUUCUUCUCGUUUUGUGUGCUUGACAUUAACGUGUCUGUGCGUGGUUCGGAGUUUUGACUGUAUAUCUCAAAGUUCUAGCGGCAUGAAGAUUUGAUACAUCGUGUCCCUUCCGUACAAUGGUGUACGGAACUGAAUAACUUCGCCGCACUGUCAACGCGUCAGCAAUGGCCACCACAGAUCAAAUGAGCACGUCCCAGUGGGUGCAGUUCUUCACGGGGUCGGGCCUCCCCUCGGACGUGUGCGUUCGCUACGCGGUCAUCUUCUCCGAGAACCGCAUCCAACGCGGCAUGCUGCUGGACCUCACCAAGGAGUACCUGUUCGACAUGGGCAUCCACGCCAUGGGGGACGUCAUCGCCAUCCUCAAGCACGCCAAACACGUGCACACACAGGAGGCUCAAGAGAAGGUGAUGAACAGUGCAUCCACUGCCACUAAGUUGGCAGUGGGCAUCCCCAGCCGGUACACCCGGAAAGUGCUGGACAAGCCACAGGUCCCCACCGCAAGGGUCAGCUUCCAGGACCCCCGGGACCAGACAGACGACUCCGGGGGCGCCGUGGUGCGUCCGGUGGCCAAGCGCCGCUCGGUGGAGGAACCUGUCGCCAGCGUUGCCAAGCAGCAGAGGGGUGCCGGGUGGGGGGUGGCGGCACCUCCGCGGGAACCACCUUGGACGCCGCGGGUGGCGGCGUCCAGGGUGGCCCCCGUGGUGGCUCCGGCGCCCGUGGCGCCCCCCACGGAGGGCCCCACCCUCAAGGUACACUUGCCGUCGGGGCCAAGGGCCCAGCAGCUGCUCGAGAAGGCACAGGCGUCCUUGGGCGUCGCCACCGGAAAGCGUUCGGUGUUUGCCCGUCUGGGAGACAGCGCCGUGAGCAGCACCACCGACCUCGCACCCUCGAAGGCGGUUGCCACGGGCAGCUCGGUGUUCGGGCGCCUGGGGCCCAGCACAGAGGAGGUCCGGUCGACGAGCCUCGGCAGGAAGGGCCUGCCCCCGGCCUUCCACGGCGUGUUGGCACUGGCCGCCGAGGCGGCGGCACGGUCGCCGCCACCCAGUGCCGGCAGGGUCAUCAAGCUCACCGGAGGACCUGACAGCCGCCCGGCGUCCAGGCGGCAGGUGAUAGCGCCGUCGCCCGCUGCGACGCGCGGCCAGAGGCUUCAGUCGGCCGUGGGCUGUCCCGGGGGCCUGAUGCUCCGCAAGUCGCUCUCGGACGCGGCCUCGGACUCCAGGAUGGGGCCACGCUUCUCCUCGACUCCGGGUUCCGCACAGGCCGCCGGGGUCCGUUACCGCAUCGGACCGCAAACGAGGUCCGCAAGAACCGGCGUGGCGCCGGUCAGGACCGUGGCAAGGCCCACAAUGGUGGCAACCACCCGACAGACCGCCAGACUGGUGCCGACUUCGGCCCGGGCGGCGCUGGGUCGCUCCGGCAUCAGCGGAAGCGCCGCCGCCCCACGCAACGUCUUUAAGCGUCUCGGAAACGGAGCCGGCGCAUUCUAGGUCGUUCAUUCGCUCAUCUUUCUUGCGUUGUUGUCGUCGAGUCUUUUUUUUUUUUUUUUUUCUUUUGUCGUUCUCACGUUAUUUGUGCUUUUCUCGAAAAGAGUGGGGCGCUCGUCUUCUCUGGUGCGCCUCAAGAAGCGCUCGUAAUCCGUCGUCGUACCGGCUGAAUGGGGAAGGUUAAAAAAAAAAAAAAACCUGUACAGAGAAGACAAAAGAGGAGGCAAAACGUGCAGAGCUGCGUUUUUCCUUCUUUCCUGAACCUCUAAUCUCGGGGGUCUUUGCAACAAUAAAAAAAAAUGUCUGGGGUACUUCUUCUUUCUGGCUUAAUUUAGCUGCUUUUUCACUGUUCAUUUUUUUUUUUUUUUUUUUUUUUGAGGUUGGCUUAAUUUCUAGACGAAACUCUGUUCAGGGUGAUCAGUACUAUUUCAAAAGACUUUUAAUCGGUUAUGCUUUUACUGCAAAAUUGGUUUUCUUUGCUCGAUUUCAUCGUCGUAAGCAGCAGAUGCCUGAACUUUCACAGCUUACGUUUCUGUCAACUCUCAUUGUUAUCAGAAAAGUUGACUUGUGUACCUCUUUUUUGAAACAUAAAUUUCUGGGUCCCAUUGAUUGGGUUUAGCCAAUUAGGGUUUCACGCUUGGUAAAACUUAAUUUCCUUCACUUGCACUUACUCGUAAAUUUAUACACAUUUACCGUCGGGCAACCAUGGUACAUCUUAACUCCCUACCUGAAAACACUACCACUAUGUUGGUGUGUUUUAACAGGGUAAUUGGUAUGGUAAUGAAAUUGUGAGAGUCCGUUGCUUCCUACAUACCUGUCAGUUUCUGAUAUCUGUAACCAGCAUCAUUUUAUGUAUUCUUAUUUCCCUUCAGUGAAAGAGUAUUCGUGGCGACAAAUUUUUUUAUUUGCGUGUUCGGAGGGAUGAUUGACUACAACAACACUAAGACCAGUGAGUGGAACUUGAUGGUCUUCUUCGUGUCUUGAAGGCAUCGCUCGAGUAUGACAUCCUUCAAGAAAGAGGCGCCCCGCUUGACGGAAGCUCUGUCAAACCGCUUCUCAUCACGUCUUAGAUGUUCAUCCAUUCUUUGUUUGUUGUCAUUUUACGCUCAUCUUUGUAAUAAAAGCAACGCUCGGAAAC